AUGGAGCUCAAAGGCACCACUGUUCUCCUCCUCCCUAUAAAGAGAGCUGCCGGGCUUCUCCCAGCACAGACGUGGAUCCUCCUGCACAACUGCAGAUCCUCCUACAAGAUGCUGGUGGUCCUGCUCACAGUGGCCUUGCUGGCUCUGAGCCCAGCUCGGACCUUAUGUGAAGAGGUCAUCUAUGAAGACCCUUCCUCUGUCUCAACAGAGGCUGAGGACCUAAGCCAGAGCCCUGAACAAAGCCAUCAGAGACCACCUCCUGGAGGACGCCCACCCAGACCCCCAGCUGAUGGUGGAGAUGAGAAUGAAGGUGAAGAGGAAGAUGAUGAUUCAGAACAGGGACCACCACAAGGAGGCCAGCAGCAGCCUCCUCGCCCUCCUCGUCCUGGACACCAGCAGGGACCACCCCAACAAGGAGGCCAGCAGCAGCCUCCUCGCCCUCCUCGUCCUGAUAACCAACAGAGACCACCACAAGAAGAAGCCCAUCAGCGUCAUCGUCGCUCUCGCCCUGGAAACCAGCAGGGACCACCCCAACAAGGAGGCCAGCAGCAGCCAAAUGGCCCCCCUCGUCCCGGAAACCAGCAGGGACCACCCCAACAAGGAGGCCAGCAGCAACAGCAGCCUAAUGGCCCCUCUCGUCCUGGAAACCAGCAGGGACCACCCCAACAAGGAGGCCAGCAGCAACAGCAGCCUAAUGGCCCCUCUCGUCCCGGAAACCAGCAGGGACCACCCCAACAAGGAGGCCAGCAGCAGCCAAAUGGCCCCUCUCGUCCCGGAAACCAGCAGGGACCACCCCAACAAGGAGGCCAGCAGCAACAGCAGCCUAAUGGCCCCUCUCGUCCUGGAAACCAGCAGGGACCACCCCAACAAGGAGGCCAGCAGCAACAGCAGCCUAAUGGCCCCUCUCGUCCCGGAAACCAGCAGGGACCACCCCAACAAGGAGGCCAGCAGCAGCAGCCAAAUGGCCCCUCUCGUCCCGGAAACCAGCAGGGACCACCCCAACAAGGAGGCCAGCAGCAGCAGCAGCCUAAUGGCCCCUCUCGUCCUGGAAACCAGCAGGGACCACCCCAACAAGGAGGCCAGCAGCAACAGCAGCCUAAUGGCCCCCCUCGUCCUGGAAACCAGUAGGGACCACCCCAGUCAGAAGAGAGUGAAUAAGAAGAUGAUGUCCUUCGGAAAGUUCUGCCAUUGGAACAACAUAGUCAUAGCCGUGUAUUCU